CUUGAGUCCAAUUCGGUCGCCCCAUCUUCCAGGACUCAGCCCAACCCUUCGUCAACAAAUUUGACCGCCGAUAUUGGAACUAUUCAACAUCCAAGAUUCGUUGCCGUAACUGCGUCAGAAGGCGCUGGAAGCACUUCUAUCACACCAAUCAAUGUGGUUGAUUCUUUUGGUCUUGGUGAUGAUUUAUCUCGUGAAAUGUUUGGUCUCGUCCAGGCAAUGUUAAAUCCCGCUCAGCGGGUCGCUUUCGCACAACUUCCCUCACAGACAUCAUCUACCGUCGCCAACCAAUCGUCAUCGGUGAUGCAACCUAGCGUUGCGACCACAACUUCUUCUGCUAGUACUGCUGCAGCCACUGCUGCAGCCACUGCUGCAGCCACCGCUGCAGCCACUGCUGCAGCCACUGCAUCAACUGCUAUACCAAUCGGCAUACGUACUGCGUUUGCCCUCGACAGGAUGACCCGCAUUAAUAGUUUGUCCAGUCAACUUGAUCCACCCAAUAUGUUUUUGGCCGCUGCCUCCCCCCAGAUAUCGGGCUCCGUGCCUGCAUCUCCAUUAAAUAAUGCCAACUUAUUAAGUGCAGCCGGCGAAAGAUUCAUCGUACCUGAGUCUUUCGUUUCCUAUCUUCCUUCUGCUAUCCCUAUUUCUUCUUUCCAAUCACCACAAUACUCACGCUCAGUUUUCCGGACCAGUUCGGCUACUGGGGCCCAGACCAGAGUACCUGUCUUCACGUCACACAAUUUGCUCCACCAGCAUCAUCAUCACAUGUCUACUUAUCCACCUUUCCCUGACCCGUUUCUUGCUUGUCACUCUCGCCAUUUCGCAUAUGAGACGCCGAGUGGCAGCAACACCGGUGUUUCCGUUGCCGCAGCCACAAUUGGCUCUAGUGGUGGAACCGGUAAUGUGACUGAACAAGCUAUUACGGAAGUUGCUCCAGGUUCUGCUGCCACUUCUUCGACAGAAUCUAUCAGUGGUGUACAGUCGACGCGCUCACGUGGCCCCAUCCUGCUUCCAUUUUCAGCCGGUCUCCGCCGGAGUCGGUCUCGCACCCCCGCCAGUGCUCGGCAGCACCAAAGUCAAGCGACAACCGACUCUUCGAUAAACGGUGCUGAGACAGAUCGGCCGUCCAGAAUGGCGGUAUGA